AUGGAGAUAGAGGGAUUGCGGCAAUUGAGGAAGGGCGGCGGGGUGGGGGGUGGGGGUGCUUUAAAGUAUAAUGAAAAUCAGGAAUUAAAUACUUCUUCUUGCUUCGAAAAAAUUUGGAACGAGGUUCAUCUGAUCGGAGAACAAACUUUGUCGGUGUUAAAACACUACAUCUUUUACGGUCUCACCUAUAGAUACACGAGCGCCACUGGAAUGUGCUACAGUUUAAAUGAGGCUGCGCGGGAGUUGAACCGGUCGUGGGGCGAUCGGCCGCCUCCGCAGAACUUCGGGGAAAGGCUGUCCAUGAUUUAUGACUAA